GGGAAGAGCAUCACGGACCCUCCGUGAAAACCCAGCGACACCUUCAAGAUGCCGAACAAAACCAAGAAGGAAAAGGAGCCAACCAAAUCUGCCAAAAGCAGCAAUAAGAACAGUAACACCAGCAGUGGUAAGGAUGCAGGGACAGAGAAUUCAGAUGAGGCCCAGCAGCAGACUGCCAGUAAGCGUCCCAGUAACAGCACGCCUCCCCCCACCCAACUCAAUAAGAUCAAAUAUUCAGGAGGUCCUCAGAUCGUCAAGAAGGAGAGAAGACAGAGCUCCUCUCGCUUCAACCUGUCCAAGAACAGAGAGCUCCAGAAACUACCAGCACUCAAAGAUGCGCCUUCCAUCGACCGAGAGGAGUUAUUCGUGCAGAAGUUGCGGCAGUGCUGCGUUCUUUUUGACUUUGUCAGUGAUCCUCUGAGUGACCUCAAGUACAAGGAGGUGAAGAGGGCGGGGCUUAACGAGAUGGUGGAAUACAUCACUCACAACAGCGAUGUGGUUACAGAGUCCAUCUACCCUGAGGCUGUCACCAUGUUCUCAGUCAAUCUGUUCCGGACCCUUCCACCAUCCUCCAAUCCUACAGGCGCAGAGUUUGACCCUGAGGAGGAUGAACCCACCCUGGAGGCAGCCUGGCCUCAUCUGCAGUUGGUAUAUGAGUUCUUUCUUCGCUUCCUGGAGUCUCCUGACUUCCAACCCAACGUUGCCAAAAAAUACAUUGACCAAAAGUUUGUACUAUCGCUGCUGGAGCUGUUUGACAGCGAGGAUCCCAGAGAGAGAGACUUUCUGAAGACCAUCCUUCACCGGAUCUAUGGCAAGUUCCUGGGACUGAGGGCCUACAUCCGACGUCAGAUAAACAACAUCUUCUACAGGUUUAUCUAUGAGACAGAGCAUCAUAAUGGCAUCGCUGAGCUGCUGGAGAUUCUAGGAAGUAUUAUAAAUGGCUUUGCUCUGCCUCUUAAAGAAGAACACAAGAUGUUUCUCAUCCGUGUCUUGCUCCCCCUCCACAAGGUCAAGUCCCUCAGUGUCUACCACCCACAGUUGGCGUACUGUGUAGUCCAGUUUUUGGAGAAGGAUAGCAGUCUGACGGAGCCGGUGAUCAUGGGACUCCUGAAGUUCUGGCCAAAGACCCACAGCCCAAAGGAGGUGAUGUUUCUUAAUGAGCUUGAGGAGAUCCUGGAUGUUAUCGAGCCCUCAGAGUUUGUGAAGGUCCAGGAGCCACUUUUCAGACAGCUGGCCAAGUGUGUGUCCAGCCCACAUUUCCAGGUAGCAGAGAGAGCUCUUUACUACUGGAACAAUGAGUACAUAAUGAGUCUGAUCAGUGACAACGCUGCCAGGAUCCUCCCCAUCAUGUUCCCUGCUCUCUAUAAGAACUCCAAGAGUCACUGGAACAAGACCAUCCAUGGUCUGAUCUACAAUGCCCUUAAACUCUUCAUGGAGAUGAACCAGAAACUGUUUGAUGACUGCACACAGCAAUACAAGGCUGAGAAACAAAAAGAAAAAUACAAGCUGAAGGAGAGGGAGGAGAUCUGGCUUAAGAUUGAGGAACUGGCCAGACAGAACCCACAGAUGACCAAACUCCACCCUCUACGUCCCGGGCUCCACCCACAGGAAGAGUUCAUGGCUUACAGGGAGAGCCGUGCAGCUUUGGUCUCCAUGGAAACAGAGACUCCAACAGCGGAAGACAUUCAACUGCUCAAAAGGACUGUAGAGAGUGAGGCUAUGCAGGGGAUGAAGGACAUGAAAAAGGACAAGGUGUUGAUGAGGAGGAAAUCUGAGCUCCCCCAGGAUGUCUACACAAUAAAAGCCCUGGAAGCACACAAGAGAGCCGAGGAGUACCUGACAGCCAAUCAGGAGGCACUCUGACAGGGAAGAGACGGAAUCUACUGAUGGUGGCUCCGCCCCCUCC